AUGCCGCCACCAAAGGACGUCCAAAAACUGAUUUCCCUCACCCAAACCACCCAACCCCUGCUCACGCAUUUUCAAAACUCCCUUGCCCCUUCGAAUGCCACCCCUACAUCGUCAACAGGCACCGAUGCGCCAGAUCUACCGAACGGGCCACUCACCGCCAUCCAUGCCGCCACUACCCUCUUGAAAUCGCACACGACCACUCUGUCACUGCUGCUUCUGACGCCGCCCCUUACGCCCAGCGCCCUGAUCGCAAAGAUCGGCGAUGUAUCGUCUGGCGCGCUGUCGGGUUUGGUGGCCGCCACGUCCUACACACCUCCCGCCGGUGCACGCGACGAUCUAGGGAACAUCAUGAGAGCGGAACUGAGAGUGCAAGUCAAGCGGCUAGUCAGCGCGUGGGGCGAUGUGCUGUCUCUGGUGCUCGCCAUGGCGGAGAAGCGCAAGAACUUGAGUGGAAAAGACAAGGGGCCCUCGGAGCAAGAGAAGCAGGCUGUGCUCAGCUCGACAGGCGUCGUGUGGGAGGUUUGCGACGAGCUGCUCAAGUUGUGUAAUGGCGGCGUCAUGGAACUGGUGCUUAAGAAGGCCCAGCAGCUGCGUGCUGUGCUUCUCGAUGCUGUUGAGGAGCUAAAAGAAUGGGGUGAAGAUGUCGCAUCGUCUGACGACGAAGACGAUAAAGCAGAAGGUAGUGGCGACGAAGAGGAUGAGUUUGGCGACGAGGAUGAUUUCUUUGCGGCAAAGAACAAGCUGGGCAAGGAUGACAAGGAGCUCAAAGUGCUACUGGAGCGAAGCGUGAAGAAGCUCAAGAUGGUGGGCAUCAUGUAUCAGGCGCUGGGAAAGAGGAGGUUGAAGUCUUUCCCUGCCACGGCUCCCGGAGUGAACCCAGCAACAACAGCAGAAAUCAAGACCGUGGAUGCUGCGAACGAGACGCCCGCGCAAAAGCUGGAUCAGCUUAUGCAGAUCCUGAAAAGCAUUCCGGACACGGUCGAUGAUCUUGCGUCCACUUUCUACGAGCUAGACCAGGAAGAGGCAGAGACCGAACUGAAGAAACUCUGUGACGAGGCUAAGAGCGCAGUGAACUUGGUUGAGAAGAGCUGGACAGGCGCAGAUGAUGAGUUCACAGCAUGGUCAGCAAAGUGGAUCGAAGCAUUGGAUGCAGUUUGA